GAAGCAUUAAAUCAAAAACGACGAGAAAAGAGGAGGUUAGCCAAAUUUGGGUUAGCCACUUCCCAGGUUAGCCAGGUUGAGCCAUUAGAGGUUAGCCAUAAUAAUCAGGUUGAGCCAAAAAUGGCAAACCUAACGGCAAACCCAAAAGAGGUUAGCCAUGGCAAACCCGAGAAUGGCAAACCUGAAAGCAAAAAUGUCGAACCCUGUCCCCAUUGUCCUGAGUUGGAAAGGCAGAUAAAAGAAUUAGAAAAGCCCAUUAAUCCUGCUAUUGAAUUAUGGAAAAAAAGAUAUUUUGAUUUAGAGAAGGA